UUCCUCCCAAAUAUGGUAAAGCACAUACAGUAGCUCAGUGAAGUGGGAGAAAUCGGUUGAUAAAGUGGGCGGUGGGGUAUUGACAUACAAUUUGCUCGCUUGAACAACAAGAUUAUGUCAUAUUCUAACAAGUAUAUUUUUGCAACUCUGCCAAGAACCCAGAGAGGCCAGCCAAUUGUUCUUGGUGGAGACCCAAAAGGAAAAAAUUUUUUGUAUACAAAUGGCAAUAGUGUAAUUAUACGUAACAUAGAGAAUCCUGCAAUAUCAGACAUCUAUACAGAACAUUCAUGUGCAACAAAUGUAGCAAAAUAUUCUCCAAGUGGAUUCUACAUUGCUUCAGGAGACCAGUCAGGAAAAGUGAGAAUAUGGGACACAGUUAAUAAAGAACAUCUUCUGAAGAAUGAAUUUCAACCCAUUGGUGGUCCUAUCAAAGACAUUUCUUGGUCACCAGAUAGUCAAAGGAUGGUGGUUGUUGGAGAAGGCAGGGAAAGGUUCGGUCACGUCUUCAUGGCGGAGACCGGGACGUCGGUGGGGGAGAUAUCCGGGCAGUCCAAGCCCAUCAAUUCUGCCGACUUCCGGCCGGCCCGCCCGUUCCGCAUCGUGACCGGCAGCGAAGACAACACGAUUGGAGUGUUUGAGGGGCCACCCUUCAAGUUCAAGAUGACCAAGCAGGAUCACACUCGCUUCGUGCAGGCUGUGAGGUACUCCCCGAAUGGCAGCCACUUUGCCUCUGCUGGAUUCGAUGGCAAAGUGUUCCUGUAUGACGGUGCAUCGGCCGACCUGGUCGGGGAAAUCGGAUCUCCGGCCCACAAAGGGGGCGUGUAUGGCGUGGCGUGGAAGCCAGACGGAAAGCAGCUGUUGACGGCGUCUGGCGACAAGACUUGCAGACUGUGGGACGUGGAGACAAAGUCGCUCGUCUCGGAGUUUGUGAUGGGAACACAGGUCGAGGAUCAGCAGGUUUCAUGUUUAUGGCAAGGCCAGUAUUUGCUGACUGUAUCACUGAGUGGGUUCAUCAACUAUUUGGAUGUCAAUAACCCUGAUAAGCCUAUAAGGAUUGUAAAGGGUCACAACAAGCCAAUCACGGUGCUCACGCUCAGUCCGGGACGAGAAACUAUUUACACUGGGUCCCACGAUGGCUUUGUCACCACCUGGAACGCAAAGACAGGUGAGAACGAUAGAAUCCAAGGUGCUGGCCACGGGAACCAGAUCAACGGCAUGAAGGCCGUCGAUGGCUCCGUGUACACCUGCGGCAUCGACGACAGCCUGAAGCAGAUAGACACGGAGGGGAGGAAGUAUGCCGGGAUUGACGUCAAGUUGGGGUCCCAGCCACGAGGAAUGGACGUCACUGGAGACAGGGUUGUGGUGGCGACUGUGAAAGAGAUCAGUGUGCUGCAAGACGGGCGCAAAGCCUCGAGCCUCCCUGUGGACUACGAGCCGUCGUGUGUGUCCAUCCACGAGGAGAGCGGCGAGGUGGCGGUGGGCGGGACUGCGGACAACAAGGUCCACGUCUACAAGCUGACGGGGGCGAGCCUGGCCCACAAGCAGGAGUUGGAGCACCUGGGCCCCAUCACGGACUGCGCGUACUCGCCCGACAGCCAGUACCUCGUUGCCUGCGACGCCAACAGGAAGGUGAUCCUCUACAGGCUGCCCGAGUACCAGCUCGCCCACAACAAGGAGUGGGGGUUCCACAACGCCCGCGUCAACUGCGUGGCCUGGUCUCCAAACUCCCUGCUAGUGGCCAGCGGCAGCCUCGACACCACCAUCAUCAUCUGGAGCAUACAGAACCCUGCCAAGCACACCAUCAUCAAGAAUGCACAUCCGCAGAGCCAGAUAACGCGCAUAGCCUGGCUGGACGACGAGACGCUGGUGUCCGUGGGCCAGGACUGCAACACCAAGCUGUGGACUGUUGCUGCCAUAUAGAUGGUGAGGCAGAUGUCCAGAGAAUGCUUGUGGUGUAUGAACUAUGAAGAAUACCCUCGUGAAGUUUUUAUAUCUCCAUUGUAAAAGGUGAUUUUGUUGAAUUUUGAGCCAAAGUAUUUUGUUUACUAUUGGCAGUGGGUGCAAUGCCUGUGCACUGGACAGCGUGGUUUCUGUGAUUAAUUUCGAGAGUGACGUAUUUAUUUAUUGUACAAUUGAUAACUGUUUGAUGGCGUAACCAAAUUGACGUGUCGCUGCUUCAGUGCAGAGAUGUUCCUAUGUUCUUUUCCAAGUGCAAUUGUUUUCUGGUUCAAAGCAAAAUCAACAGUCUUAAAGUUUAUCUUGUCUUCAUGUAAGUCAGCUUGUCUCUGUCUAUGGCUUUUUAAUUAUUUGUAGAUACAUAAUUUUACUAGUGAUUUACUAAAAUAAACAUAUAUUUAUUUUCAACAUUACAAUUCAGUUGAGAAAGAUCUUUCUUUGGCCAGUGCAGUUUAAGAUAAUUUUUUUUGUCUCAGUACGUGCACUGUUUUCUGAGCAAUUUUACGUAUAAAAGCUAGUUGGGAAUCCAUCCAAGCAGUGCAGGUUGGGAAGUUUAGUUAGUUUCUGUCGUACCUACCCCUCCUUGGUCUGUCUAUCCCCUGUAGAUAUGCUUAACUAAAAUGGAGCGAGAUGCUUUACCAAGAAAAUUAUGUCGUUUAUGGAUUUCAGUAAACGUGUUCUGAUUCAUGUAGGUAUCUGGUUUCCCAUUUUGUGGAAAGAUGCAUGGGAAAGUAAUGGGUCAUGUAUUUUUCUAAAACAAAUUAAAUAAAUGUUCUUAAUUUACAUUCAUAAAGAGUGAUGAAUUAUGUAUGGUGUAACAUUAAAGAGCAAAAAAAUUAUUUUUAUAACACCAUGUUACUGUUUGCAAUGUUCGUGCUUGGGUAAAUUGUACCAGUUACUAGCAGUUUUAGCAAAAAUAUCUCAAGUUUCCCCCCCUCCCCCUUCCCCAAUUUCUCUUUGAUACAUUUUGCAAAAAAAAAAAAAUGUUUUCUUUAUCUCAGAUUUUGUCCAAUUGUUUUCCCCAUCCAAAAUAUUCAUUAGACACUCACACCUAGUAUGUCUGAAUAUCAGAAAUGGAAAUUAAGUGAAAAUUUUGAUGUAGUUAGCAUGAAGAGUAAAGCUAGAAUUUUUUUGGGUGGGUAACGUGGGGAUGACUGGAAUUACAUAUUAUGCAUUUCUAGAAACAAUAAAUUAUACAUGUAAACUUCUAAUCACUCAGUGUUGUAUAUUUUAUAUUAGUACAUAAAGGUUAUUUUAAAAAAAAAUUUUUUCUAAGAUUUGUUUGCAUUGUCUACACUGCUGGUUAGCAUAUCUACUGUGUGUGCUUUAUGUAGCAAAUACUGGUUGACAUGUAUGCACUUGUGAGUUCAUUGUCUGCUGAUUGCAUGUAGUCCUCCUUUACAAACAUAACUAAUAUACCUUACAGAGAAAUUACAUAUUUAUCUUGUUCUGGAUGUUUGAUUUCACAUAUUACGUACUGUUCUAUAAUCUAUUAAGUCUAGUAAAUAUUUCUUAUUCUGAUAUCUUGUCCCUCCACAAACUAGGAUAAGUUAUAUGUAUUACGAGUUAUAUCAUUUCAGUUUGUUUUAUAUUAAUUGCUUUGUGAGUGAUUUUUGUGGCGUUUACAUUACUUAUAAGUUAUAAGUAAAAUUUUGUGGAACAAAUAUUUGUUACUUUUUAGUACUGAGCAAUGUAUGGAGUGAAUUUUUAAGAUUAAUAUUAACAUAUUUUUGCUUUUGCAAGUUGUCUCCUGGACAAAUGAGAGUUUCCUUAGUUUUUGUGUUUCUAAGAUAAAAUGCUCACUAACUCUGGUUGUUUUUGCCAGUGAUAGGAUUUGCAGACAAAAGUUUCGUUUUGUGUUUUAUUAUGCAGUUAGAUUAUGUGUGCUGCUUCAUUCCCACAACUGCAGUAGAUUCCCGACUAUCCGGGUGCGGGUUAUCCGGUUUGCGGGUUAACCGUGCCAUAUUUUCUUAAGCCAAGAACACAAAAAUGAUUUAACUUUUUAUUUCUGUGGGUGCACAAUAGCAACGGCACUUGUGUUGCAUUAAAUACAAUGCAAUAAUUUAUUAGUAAUGCAACGAAUUAAAGUGACAACCCACCAAAUAAUAUUUUGCUCUUUCCUUGAUAGCUAUUCGCUUCCUUCAUUGUAUAUUUAUUUCCGAUGAUGCCCUAGUUUCAAACAACCACUAACCCACAUAGCAGCAGCUCUGGAGUCUAAAGCGAAAAGCCAUAAGCUUUCAGGGCUAGUUUACCUCGCACCUACUAGGAUUCGCUUGCUGCAAAUCAUGGCAGAAAGCAUCUAGUUAAUAACAGUCAGGAAUUAUGUUAACAGGUUAAAUAUUCUAAUAAUAUAAAACUUUAAGUUUAUACUUUUUAAAAUCUUAUUUCAACUGAAAUAUAUCACCUAUAUCAGAAACAUUAUUUUGUAACUCAGAUAUGUUGGUAGUGCCUACAUAGGAAUGUUAUGCCCAAGCCUUAGUAUGUGAAUAAUGUGGUACGUGAAUUAUUAAGUUUACCAUAUUUACUCGCAUAUAGGUCGCGGCAAUUUUACCAGAUUUGAUGGGGAAAAAAUGAAGUGCGACCUAUAUGUGAAGAAAAUUUUUUUUAAAUUUUUGAGGAAUUUUUUUUGCAAUAUUUUGCUUUAAAAUGCGAAAAAGAAGUUUAUAUAGGUAUAGGCAAAUUUAUUUACAAUGUACACAUACAUCGAAACCCCUUAUUUACGUUACGUACCGUUAUUUACGUUUUUACGUUAUUUGCACUAUAUUCUUCAGGUCCCGUUUAGUUCCCAUAUAGUCCAAUACAAUACUUUCACGCGAAUUAUGUCUCAAAAAUCGAAUCCAUCCCGCUAUUUACGUCACGUAACAACCAGAAAAUACGGUGGGUACUUUAAGAGUAGAUAAGAUUAGCUAGGACUUAGGCCUAAAAACAUUGUGAAAAAUGUAACGUUUAUAGUCGGCAAUGAACAUUUUAAAUCGCAAAAUAUACAUAUUUUAUAACAUGAAAAGUUGCUUUUAUUUCUAAACAUGUAAUAAUUUAAUCCUAGGCGUGUAAAAGCCCGAGUAAUUAUAGAAGGAGACAAUCUAAAAUGCACGAGGGAAAAACGUAAACUCACCAAUGUAUUAUCGUGGCUGAUUGAUAAGUUCUGAUUCGUAUUUAUGUCACAACUUAGCCAAAAUACUGGUACGAGACAAACUCACAAGAUAAAAUGAGCGGAGUCUUCGUAACUGUUUUAUACGUAUUUUAUAAUUUCGGAAAUAUUGUACAGUUGACGCAUAUUUUUUAAACUAACAAUUUAUUUCUGGGGAUCGUAAUUAAUUAAUUAUUGGUAUCAAUACAUCAAGAUGAACGUAAACUUGAACAUGUCACGGCAGCAAGAAAACUGGUGUGUAUGCCAAUAAACUGGUAUUAGAACUGGACAAUACUGGUACACGGGAGGUGGAGCUUAUAAUUUUUUCCGCUAAGCUCACAUCUAUUGGCUGUCUGCUGAUGGAAGCUCACGAGUCUGGGCGGAGCGUUGAGUGAGUUAUACUGCGCAUGCGCAGCUCAGAGAACAGAGAGAGCCAGCCGGCGGCCACGCCGCGCCGUAACAACAGCUGAUCGAGUACAAUGACCUUUCUCCGCGCACUGCGCGCUAUUGACGGUAAAUUUCCAUCAAUUUGUGGCCCUUUUUUUAAAUUUUUUUUUACUGUGGUGCAAUGCGUAUGUGUAAUGAAUUACCGGUGCGACCUAUAUGGGGGGAAUCUUAAAUACCAAAUUCAAGACCUCAAAUUAUGGGUGCUACCUAUAUGCGAUGGCGACAUAUAUGCGAGUAAAUAUGGUAAUUUUAGGUGGUUUAAUCUGAAAAUGUUUUUUAAUAUUUAUUUUAAUGUACAUCUAAUGUAUUUAGACAUAUUUAUAUUAGUACUGUAUAAUAAUUUUUAAUGGGAGUAGUGUCUUGAUUAAAAUGGUAGUCAGCAAGCACAAUUGAUUGGAAAAAGAAUUAUUUUGAUUAAAAUACUAGCUUACUGAAAAAAUGCAUUUGACUAGCGCUCUGUUUUACUGAAAUGAAUUAGGGCAUUACUUCGAGGGGUGUCUGUUACAGUGUUUGUCUAAAUAGUAGAGAUAAUAAAUUUUAAGUUUUUUUUUUUUUUUUUUACUUUGCUUUAACCGUGUUUUUCGGUUAUUCGUGAACCCCUUGCCUGUCAUUACCCCGGAUAAUCGGGAGUCUACUGUAUAUUCAUUCAUUGACAGCUGCAUUUAUUUAUAGCCAGAAAAUAGUAACCCUGGUGCUCUUUAAAAAUGAUCAGUAGCUUCUUGAGAGAACAAGACCACAAUUAAAUAUUACAUAUUGUGUGCUGUUUCUGAACCAUUUUUUUAUAUGAUGUAAAUUUUGUGCUUAUAAUUGUGACCAAACAUAAACUCUACAUUCUGUUUCAAUUGGUUUAGUUAGUAUAAAAGGUUGGGUCUUGCUUGCAAAAAAUGGUUCUCAUAAUGAUUUAUAGAAGCCAUAUGAAGUGAGUUCUAUCACUGAUGUGUUUAGAUGCUUAAUUGAUAUUUGUUAGAUGCUUAAUUGAUAUUUGGAUUGAACCCCUUGCCAUUUGGUUGACAGAGCUACAAAUACAAAUAAUGCAUAAAAUAAUGGAGGGAAAAUAAUUGUUGGUUUUUCAUUAAAAAUCAGGUAAAUGCCAUACACUUCAUACAAACGUAAUGUACAAGUGUUGCCCGUUCUUGUUUUAUCAGUUGUUUGAUUUAAGUAUACUAGUGUGUGACAUUUUGUAAAACUUUGUAAUGACAAUACAUAUGUUAACAUGU